UCACAAAAAAGAAAAGGAAAUAGAAAAUCUCCUCUCCCCCGUGCACUCUGCAGCCCCGCACCCGCGCGAACAGGGGAGAAUGGCUGCUCCACGCGCUGCCGCCGGCUGGACCUCCCCGCGGACCCCGCCGUCUACUCCUCCGCCAUCCUACUGCUAGCUCCCGAUCUCCUUCCGCGAUCCCGUCCCUGUACGGCUGUACCUCCUCCUCCAGCGACCCAGCCGCCGGACCUCCUCCCGUGACCACGCCGCUGACGACAACCCGACUCCACCGCGGAGCAGUAGCCGCCGCCGUCCCCCGAUUUCUCCCGGAAAGCACAUCCGUCUCCAUACACGCGCCUCCCCCCUACCCUUUGCCCCAGGACGCUGCAGCCCGCAGGCAAGGCUUACUUUCAGCGAUUCUGCCAGCCAAGAGCACACAAGCCUGAGGAGGAACCAGAGAGAAGCGGACUGAAUCCAAUAGCCGCUGUCCAAUGACAACGACGCUUGUGGCCUACGGCUGCUUGACGGCACUGCCGUUCUCAGUCAGUCACUGCGUCCGUGUUGUGCCUCCUUCACGUGUCUCCCUCACUUCCUCAAAGCCCAGGGCAUUGGCAACAGGGCUGAGGGUUUCAUACCAUCGUAGGCGACUACAUGUUUCUGCAUGCUCCAGUGAGGUUGAUGCGGAUGCCACGGAGUUGCCAGCAGAAGCCACUUUUGAUUUAAAGCUUCCUAGAAGAAGCUUGCUUGUUCAGUUUACAUGUAAUAAAUGUGAUGCAAGGACCAAUCGUUUGAUAAACCGGGUAGCCUAUGAAAGAGGAACAGUUUUUCUUCAGUGCGCAGGAUGCCAGGUGUAUCACAAGUUUGUUGACAAUCUUGGUCUAAUUGUUGAGUAUGACCUACGAGAAGAAAAUGGGAUGAACACUUGUACUGAGGACUGAUGUGUAAUUAGAAGCAAUCUAGGUAUGGCUAGUUUCCGCUAGAAAUAUUUGGUUUUGAGUCUUGACAGCAUUGAUUAUUUGGAUAUUGUGGGCUGCUUAUACUGAAAAGUAUUUGUACAUUGAAAUCGCAACUGUUACUUUUCAUAACUGAACUUGUAUGCACUCAUGAAGUAUCACAAUUCACAACACCA